AUGAGGAAAAGAGAAGAAAUGAAAAAAUCAGAAGAAAAAGAGAAAAAUGAGGAAACAUCAACUAAAAAAGAACAGGAAAAAUCAGAGAAAAAGGAAGAGAAAAAGUCAGCGAAAAAAGAAGAGGAAAAGAGAAAGAAAUCUGAGCAAGAAAGAACAGAAAAAGCAGAAGCGACAAAAUCUGAUGAUACAAUGCGAAAGUGGAAAAAGACUGAGAAAGGAGUGGAAGUAAUUUCGAAGAUGAAAAGUAAAGUUGGAGUGGAAGAGGAGAAAGAAUUCGGUGCUCAAUUUAAGCUUGGACGAUUUGGUGCCCAAUUUUUUGCACCAGCAGGAAGUGCGCCAAGUGAUAAUGAUUCAAGUGAUGAUGAUUCUGAUGGUGAAGAUGUGGAAUCAGAGCAUUCAGAAGAUGAGAAAUAA